CAUCAGUGAUGGCUCCACCCUCUGCUCCUGGACCGGCUCCGGGGAGAACAAUUGACAGCCCGGGCGUCGCCGGAGGAGGUUGCAUCCCUCGUCCUGCAUCCUUGCACCCCCUUACUCUCCCGCUCAGGUUCAGCACCUCUCGCCAGACUCUCACCUGGAUCCCAGACUCCUUCUUCUCCAGUCUGCUGAGCGGGCGCAUCUCCACACUGAAAGACGAGACAGGAGCUAUCUUCAUCGACAGGGAUCCCACCGUCUUCGCUCCCAUCCUCAACUUCCUGCGCACCAAAGAGUUGGAUCCCAGGGGUGUCCACGGUUCCAGCCUCCUCCAUGAAGCCCAGUUCUAUGGGCUCACUCCGUUGGUUCGUCGUCUGCAGCUUCGAGAGGAGUUGGAUCGAUCUUCUUGUGGAAACGUCCUCUUCAAUGGUUACCUGCCUCCCCCAGUGUUUCCAGUGAAGCGGCGGAACCGGCACAGCCUGGUGGGACCUCAGCAGCCCGGGGGCCGCCCCGCCCCAGUCCGACGAAGCAACACGAUGCCCCCCAACCUGGGACACGCGGGGCUACUGGGCCGCAUGCUGGACGACAGGGUCCCGCCCGUCCCUUCAGGGCUGCCUGAGGAGCCAGGGAUGGUGCGGUUGGUGUGUGGCCACCACAACUGGAUUGCCGUGGCCUACAGCCAGUUUCUCGUCUGCUAUAGGCUGAAGGAGGCCUCUGGCUGGCAGCUGGUCUUUUCCAGCCCACGCCUGGACUGGCCCAUCGAACGCCUGGCGCUGGGCGAGCAGAACAAGAUGGUAGCGGUGGCCACUGGUGGGGAAAUCCUGCUGUGGGCACUGCAGGCCGAAGGCGGUGGCUCCGAGAUAGGAGUGUUUCAUCUGGGGGUGCCCGUGGAGGCCUUGUUCUUCGUGGGGAACCAGCUCAUCGCCACCAGCCACACCGGGCGCAUCGGAGUGUGGAAUGCGGUCACCAAACACUGGCAGGUGCAGGAGGUCCAGCCCAUCACCAGCUAUGACGCCGCUGGCUCCUUUCUCCUCCUUGGCUGUAAUAACGGCUCCAUCUACUACGUGGACGUGCAGAAGUUCCCCCUGCGUAUGAAGGACAAUGACCUCCUGGUCAGCGAGCUCUACCGGGACCCAGCCGAGGACGGGGUCACGGCCCUCAGCGUCUACCUCACCCCCAAGACCAGUGACAGUGGGAACUGGAUCGAGAUCGCCUAUGGCACCAGCUCGGGGGCCGUGCGGGUCAUCGUGCAGCACCCCGAGACAGUGGGCUCAGGCCCACAGCUCUUCCAGACCUUUACAGUACACCGCAGCCCUGUCAUCAAGAUCAUGCUGUCAGAGAAGCACCUCGUCUCAGUCUGUGCCGACAACAACCAUGUGCGCACAUGGUCAGUGACACGCUUCCGGGGGACCAUCUCCACGCAGCCCGGCUCCACCCCACUGGCCUCCUUCAAGAUCCUGGCACUGGAGUCGGCCGAUGGCCAGGGCGGCUGCAGCGCCGGCAACGACAUCGGCCCAUACGGGGAGCGGGACGAGCAGCAAGUUUUCAUCCAGAAAGUGGUGCCCAACGCCAGCCAGCUUUUCGUCCGACUCUCCUCCACCGGGCAGCGGGUCUGCUCCGUGCGCUCCGUGGACGGCUCGGCCACCACCGCCUUCACCGUGCUGGAGUGUGAGGCCUCCCGCCGCCUGGGCUCCCGGCCGCGCCGCUACCUGCUCACCGGCCAGGCCAAUGGUAGCCUGGCCAUGUGGGACCUGACCACCGCCAUGGAUGGGCUGGGCCAGGCCCCAGUCGGCGGCCUGACAGAGCAGGAGCUGAUGGAGCAGCUCGAACAGUGCGAGCUCACCCCGCUGGCUUCCUCCCGGGGCUCCUUCCCCAGCCCCUCGCCCCACGCCUCCCUCACCAGUCUCCACUCAGCCUCCAGCAACCCCUCCCUGUGCGUGCGCCGAGGGAGCCCCAGUCCUCCCCAGGCUGAGCCCCGAAGAGGAGGCUCAGGCAGCUUCGUGGAACGUUGCCAGGAGCUGGUGCGGAGCGGGCCUGAGCCCCGAAGGCCACCCACACCCACUCCCUGGCCCCCCGCGGCUCUCGGAGCACCCACUGUACCCCCCAAGGUGAAACUCAAUGAAACGUCCUUCUGAACACGGCCAGCAGUGCCUCUAGACACCCAGAUCCUGGGCCUCAGGAGCCUCCCCACUUCCUGGCAGAGCUCUGGGUUCAGGGCCAGGGCCUCCACGAAGUGGUCAUUGUUACUAAACCCUCACGCUCCCCCUUUUCUACAGCCAAAGUCCUCCCUACACCUAAUAAAGUUCUCACUGCCA